AUGGAGGUCGAGGUCGAGAACCCUACUCAGGCCUCUGACCCGGCCGGGGCUCGUACACCAGAGGCACUGCGACAACGACAACGAGAUCGACGGUCACCACGAGGCCGAUUCGCUGCCAAAACAAAUACUAGUACCAACGCCGCCCGGGAAGUCGAGAGAUCUCCGAAGAGUGGAAAAGGUAUCACGCUCUGGCCGGCACCGCGGUCGAAAAAAGCUGGGAAACCACCGCCAGAUUUGACGCGGAAGAAGCAAUGGCAGGAGGGCUUAGGCUUGCGCCAGGAGAAUAGUAUCAAUCGUCGGGCAAGAAAAGAAGCAGAAGACUGCAGGACAGAUAUUGCCUCUGAUGGCAGCUCUGCGGCGAGAGAAGGCAGACAGUUCGCGGUUGCUAAUGUGGGGAGCAAUGGCCAAAUAUUCCUACGUCCAACAAUUCGGCCUGCAAACCAGCGAUAUCCCCAACCUUCAUUCGUCUUCCCGGUCACCCCUCCAAGUACAGCCGGACUUGGUGCCCUAGUAUCGCGCACCGACGAAGACGAUUCACAACGGAACAGUCUGUUCACUCCUACACGUUCACCGUCAACGCCAGCUUCUCAAGCCAGAGACCAGUAUUUCCCUCACACCAAGGCUUCUACCCGUCCACGUCAAAAGCGCACCUAUUCGUAUUCGACGAUAGACGAACAACACGUACCUGUCCAAGACUCAGAUGUCGGCGCAUUCAAGGUAGUGAUAGAACGGCCUGGGACUGGACCAUUGAAUUCGGGACCUAUUAUUGGUAUUCCCACUUUGGAGGUUCCUAUACCUUCAUACAAAUUAGGCACACCACGAUUCAGCACCCAGGGCACAGCGUUCCUUCGCAGAUCUUCGUAUUCUACCUCAGUAAAUAUGCGCUCAAGUCUUUUUUCUCGUACAAACUCUUCCCCAAGAGAUCCUCGUGCUACUCAGAUCCUCUCACGGCGUCAUUCCGACGCUUCACGACAACCUUACUUGCAGGCCAGGGUACAUGCAUCUCCAUCAAGUGCGCUAGAAAAAUACUCUACAGAAUCACCUCUUAUUUCUCGCCGGCGCAGCGCGAUUGUCCCUGAGAUGUUCGACGCCCUCACAUUCAAACCAACUUGUGAUCACCCCUCAGUUGUGCGGUAUUCUAUAAAUGGGAGUAUUAGGGCAGCAACUCCAGCGCGACUGGUUGCCGAGAUUACGUCUCCAACCUUUGUCGAUUAUGACCUUCUCUCGGACUUUUUCCUGACGUUCCGCUCCUUCCUAGAGACAGCCGACCUUUUGUAUAUGCUCAUCGCAAGGCUAAAAUGGGCUCUAGGAAGAAGUGAUGAGACUGGAACUGUGGUUAGGGUCAGAACCUUUGUUGCGAUCCGUCACUGGGUCCUGAAUUAUUUCCUGGACGACUUUGUUAUUGACUACGACUUACGCAAGUCAUUUUGCGACCUGCUCAACAACUUUGUUGGCGAUCUAUCACAGAACCAACCAAGUAACAAGGUCCCUCUCAAAAUACUUGGAGAGCUUAAGAAAUGUUGGAGGAGAGUCUGCGCCUUGUACUGGGAUGGUCCGGAGUUCGACACAGAGCUGGGCCCUGAGGUUCCUAUUGCACCAGGUGGCGUAGCUGGUUCAAGAAAUCCUACAUUAGACCCAAAUUUCUGGGAUGCAGAUGGGCCCCCUCGACUUGACGGCAUCAUCGAGCCUGAUUUCGUCAACCAAGAGCAAUCUGCCGUAAAAGACCGAAACUUCUUCGCAGAUGUCUCACGUGCUGGUCAUAUGGACUCCAUAAUCGAUCCUCAAGUUGCACAAGAAGCCCAGGAAGAAGAAUCAUCGAGCGAGCCGCCUUUGUCACCAACGAGUUGGAUGAGUGAGGAUUUCGUUUCUUGCUCCUUCCCAUCACGGGCAAGAGCGGGAGGCAACCGCCAGCUUGGGCCGCAUCCUGUUCCAGCAAGCUCUAUAUAUGAAUCAUCACCUCCCGUUGCAAUGGCCCCAAAGGCACUCACAGGAAAGCGUGUUCGUCCGACUCAUACCCACAAACGCAGCGGCAGCUUUUCGGACUCACUCAGAGAUCGACGAGGACUUGAUCAGCCAGUGCAAAAAGUAAUAUACAAGAGUACCGAGCUUUUUCUUGCUCUUCCUUACGCCGGAAGUCUUGUCAGGGGUAACUUAUUCCCACCGGGGCAAGCAUUUGUUGAAGUAAUUGCCCCCAGCACUCCUGCAGAUACCAACCGCACAGCCUCCUUAUUUCCUGCUUUUACGCACCAGAAAGGCCCAUCCGCAAUGUCGGGCCCAGGCAUGAAGAAACUGAUGGGUAGCGUCCGUCGAGCUUUAAGCACUCGAAGUGGGCAAAUCGCAAACCCGGGUGCCUCUCCAACACAGGGUAGCUUUCCUCAUAUUCCCCCCAUUGGUGUCCGCGGAGCUACGAUCAAUCGACUCCCAGGGACUGCAGUCGUUCCACAAGCACGCCCUCGCAACGCAGGAAUCAGAGCCCCAAUGCGAAUCGACCUGCUAGGUGCGGAAAUUGCUGAAGACUUCAAGAAGGCUGUUGCCGAGGAUGCCAAAGCCGAAGCUGAAAGUAGGGAAGCAAACCAGCCCAAUUUCGAUGAGAGUGCUGAAUACGAGAUGAAUCUCCGAUAUUCUUCUAUGGCGCCCGACACGACCAUCGAUCACCUCAAACCGAAGAGGCCCGGUAUCAGCAGAGCACCAGGCAGUGAGAUGACCAAUGGAAGUAAAUCUAUCGUCAUUGUUGACGAUACUUUACCUACUACACCUAUCAUCGCAGGUGCAUUGCCUUUGCAUCCUUCUGUGGAUACCUUUCCGGAUGUUUUCAUGUCGCCUUCAGGAGGUCCAACGCCUCCGUCAACUCCUCCUGAAGCGCUAAUGGGCACCCCCCGUCGAUCAUCACACUUGUUAGGACAGCAUACUAGGACUCGAUCGCUCUCUUUUGAAGGAACACCCUCUUUAGUUGUCGAUUCAAGGCCAUCUGCGGAUGAAGAACGUUCCCCUAGUCGCCGACCUCUCGGUAGACUUCCUCCUCUCGCCAGGAGAAUUUCCUACAAACCUAAAAGAUCAGUCUCCCUCCGUCGUUAUGCGUCAUAUCACAGCGGAUUCACGCGACAUAAGAGUGAACGAAGCUUUGAUGCCACCACUUUGUCUGAAUUUGACGCGGUAGAUCGACUAUCACUGGCAGGACCCGUACCCCUUCCGCUGCGAAUUUUGCGACGCCGCCCGGGUGGUGAUUUGAGAGCAGUCACAAAUGUCGGUGAUCUCAAUGCUCAGCCACUCCGAAGACCGAUGUCCACUGGCUCCUUGACUACUUACUCUGAUUCAGUGCGAAGCUCUUAUCUACUUGGUGGAGAUUCGAGCGGGUAUGUAGAUGUUGCCAAUAGUGAUUACGAGCAAUUCCCAUCAAAUUCGCAAACAUUCUCUCUAGGUGCUCUAGCCGAAGCGUCGCCAAAACCCCGCGUCUCCCUCUGCAGUACACAUUCUUCCCAACCAGUCAUGCGCCCUUCGUUCGAAAAAGAGGCUCAAAUGCUGGCGCAGAUUCCUGAUAACGUUGACGACGACGGUGGUGUCGAAUCAGCCUUGAUGAAAUUGGAAGGGAAAUUUGAACAGCGCCAUUCAGAUAUUUCUGGAGACAGUUUCGCCUCCGCGCGCCAGGGAAGUUUCGGGGCCGGCCCAUUAGAUGUGAGCACACUGACUCUCGAUGAGGAGGAGCACGAAGAGAAACGAAAACAUCGUCAUGAGCGCGUUGUGGAGAAAAGCUUGUCGCGUACUAGUUCUGUGGUCCCAACUUACCAACCCCAGGAAUCUAGAGUCCACGAGGAGCUAAAGCCUUCGGUCUACCAGCCUCGCCGCCUAAGUUCUACGCCGACGGGAUUACCCCCUCGGUCUAUGGAGUCCUACAACUCUAUCCCGCUGCUUGAACGUGACUUAACGGAUGAUGGAAUCGAUCGAAAGAAGAGAUGUGAUUGGUCUCAACAGUCGAUCCUUUGCGGGCCUAGCUACGAGAAUCUUCGGAAUGAUGAGCCUACUCCAGAGUCGUCCCAUGUCAAUUCCUUCGAUUUCAUCGACGAAACGGACAGUAUGAGAAGGGUCCAUAAGGGUCAGACAGCUACAAACCAUGAAAGCAUCGAUCAAUCUUUCCUAGACAGCGAUAGUGAUCAUAGAAGCGAUCUGUCUUCGGAAAUGUCACUGGAAGUCAUCUCUCGAACAGAAUAUACCGUACAUGACUCCAACUCUACUAAUACAUUCCCUCCUAUCCGGCCUGGCACAGUCAUCAAAGAAAUAGCUCUUCCAUCACACCCCCUUCGCCAUCCUCCAUCGCCGCCUAUGACAUUGACUCAAGCUUUGCAAAUGUCUCCCGAGACAUGCAACCUCCCCUAUGCUCACAUGGACCAGCCAAACGAGAACAGAGGUCUCCCUCCUACUCCUGAAUUUUCGCCAACGGGAGUCAACAGUGCCGCUGAUUACAUUGGCGAGGGACUUGCAUCACCAUCAAUGGACCCUCUCAGAGCUCAUCGUAUAGCCGAACCUUCUCGAAAGACGUCUGUCCACCUGCCUUUCACACUUGCAUUUGACUCUCAAAUUCUCGCACAGCAAUUCACGCUGAUCGAGAAAGAUGCGCUCAAUGAGAUUGAUUGGAAAGAUUUGAUUGAAAUGCGCUGGAAGGAUACCUCAACUGAAUCUCGAUCGUGGGUCGAUUUUCUCCGUACCUGUGAGCCCCGAGGUGUCGAAGUUGUUAUUGCACGAUUCAACUUAAUGGUGAAGUGGGCUGUAUCCGAAUGUGUUUUGACGCAGAACCUGGAGGAGCGUGUCCGGUGUAUUGUCAAGUAUAUCCACAUUGCCGCACAUUGCCGCAAAUAUCGCAACUUUGCUACAAUGACUCAGCUUACGGUGGCGCUCACUUCGAAGGAUAUUUCUCGUCUCAAGAAGACCUGGGCCCAUGUUCCCGCAGCCGACCUGCAGACAUUGAGAGAGCUUGAACAUUUGAUAACUCCAACCCACAAUUUUAAUACUCUACGGGCGGAAAUGGAAGGCUCAGGUGCGGAUCAAGGCUGUAUCCCUUUUGUGGGUAUCUACACUCAUGAUCUGCUUGUCAAUUCUGAGAGGCCAAGCCAAAUGGCCAGCACUCCAACUACGGAACCGCUAAUAAAUUUCGAAAAAUGCCGGGUCGAUGCUGCUAUCAUCAAGAACUUAUUGAGGCUCUUGGAAGCUAGUCAGCUAUAUCUGUUCCUGCCAAUCGAGGGUGUCACAGAAAGGUGUCUCUGGAUGGCAGCCUUGAGUGACGAGGAGAUUGCGCGGUACGGAGAGAUGAUUCAAGAGUAG